AUGGGCAACGAUCAGAUGGAGUUCAAUGCCCGGACAGUCAUGCAGAUCGCUCAAAUGAUCAUCAACAACGACACGAGCCUGCUCAAGGACUAUGAGCUCAAGCUCGUCGAGCAGGACACUUACUGUGAGAGGUCAAUCUGUCAGGAAGGAUCGUUGCUUGGCAACACCGCCCAAACCAUCCAGUCAAACUCCAUCAACGCCUUCUUCUGGAACGUGACCCACUCAUGCGGAUCCUCCCCUCAAGAUCGUCCCGUUGCAAUCGUCGGCCCUGGAUACAGCUCAGAAGUAAGUGCUCUACAAGCGGCAAUGCAGCAGGUCAAAGUCUUGACGGUGAGCUUCUCCGCAAGUAGCCCGAGGUUCUCAAACAAGACGCUGUACCCUUACCUGGCACGAACUUGCCCGUCAGACGCCAUGCAGGGAGUGCUGAUGGCAGACAUUGUCAGGCGCUACAACUGGCGAUCUUGCAUAGCCAUAACUUGCGCGGACACCUACUGCCAGGGGCUCUACACGCAGUUUGAAUCUUCUUCGAGUAAGUCCGGGGUCAUCAUAGAAGAGGCGCGAUGGGCGUUCGGAGACCUGCUCAUGUCAGAGAGGCGUCUCAAGAGUAUCUUCUCCAACUGCUCCAAGUCUCGCGUCAUCCUCCUGUGCAUCAAUGACAUCCAGGCGCGGGAGAUCCUACAGGCUGCUGCAACCCUCGGGAUAGUGGACAAGUUCAUUUGGAUCGGGAGCGAGGCCGUUAGCACCAUCGACCCGAAGGACCUCCCUUCCAAUUUCCUCGGCGUCUCCCUUGCGUCAGCACAGGACUCUCUUCCCUUCCGUCGUCUACAGGCCGUGUGGAGCAGCCUGGACCCCAGCGUUUUCGCGGGGUUAGAAGAGUUGAAGGAGAAUCCGUUCCUUCCGCUAGCGUACGACACUAUCUUCCUCCUCGCCCAUGGGCUGCAGCUGGUGAUAGACGGUGGAGGAGACCCGUACAACUCCUCUGCCCUGCUGCAUGCCCUCCCCCGCGUCCGGUUCCAAGGGGCAACGGGCCCGAUCGCCUUGGACGGCAACCUGGAGCCCGAGACUGCGAGGUACGAGAUCGUGACCACAAGCGGCGCCCACGACUACCUGACUGUGGGAGGAUGGACGGCAAACAAUCUCACCCUCGACGUGCUUGCAGCAGGCCUGAGCGUUCCCGUCUGUGCUCCCUCCUCCAUCCUCAUCGGCGGGCUGUUCCAGUACUGGUCGAGGUUUCACGCCGCCGCCGCCAUGGUGGCGUUUGCGCAGAUCAAUGCAGAAGCUAGCAUACUCCCUUGGACGAGGCUGAACUUCGACGUUCAGAACAUCACCAUGGCCCGUUCCCUUCCCCCGACUAACAACCUGAAGAGCUUCUUCUUCGAAGCAGUUCUGAGCAGAUGGAAGACAGAGGCUGGCAGUCUCGCUGACCCCGUGAGCAUCGUGAUCGGAGGAGGAUAUAGCUCGGACAUAGCUGUGCUCUCCCCUCUUCUGACCAAACAGAACCUCCUCCUCUUCUCCCCCUCUGCCAACAGCCCGGUUCUCUCCGACAAGUCGACAUACCCCAACGUCGUCCGAUUGUGUCAAGUCUCGACCGUCGAGGGGCAUGCGAUCGUGGACCUUGUGAGGUUCCUGGGCUUCAAGGAGGUGAAGAUCAUAUCUUGUGAUGACAUGAACUGCAUCGGUUUCCGGGACGUGAUCUUGAGCAAGGCGCAAGAGCACGGGUUUCGGGUGGCAGGAGACUUGAUACUCCCCUCUGCCAAAGGUAGUUUUAUGAACAACCACAACGGGCAGAUCCUGGUCGAGGACUUCAGCAUGCAGGAUUGCAACGUGUCGGUAUACAUAAUGUGCCUCCACGACUACCUUGCGACCGAGAUCUUCGCCGUCUUCGAGGGCCUUGGCAUCAAAGACAAAGUUGUCUGGAUCACGUGCGAGGAGGUCCUGUCAGUCGACGACUCCCUCCUCCCCAAUGGCAUCCUGGGAAUGCGCGAGUUUGUGCCGGAGACUCCGGAGUUCAGCCGCUUCCUCUCCUACUGGCAGAACCUGAACCUGUCGCUCUUUGACCCUUCUUACCAUGAAAUCCUGACCUCCGGCCUCCAGCAGCUGGUAGGCAGAGGAAGUCACUCCUCGUGGAUGUUGGACGCUGCCGAUGCUGCCAUGCUGGUCGCCAAGACUCUCGACGCCCUCAUUGCAAGCGGGCAGUCCGUCUCCAGCAUCUCUGCCAUCGUCUCUCAGGUCCUGCGUACAAGCUUCCGCGGCACGUCAGGUCGAGUUGUGCUGGACAGCUCGCUCGACAGGCAGCAGUCUCCCUACUCCAUCGUCAACAAGCAGCGCUCCUCCUGGAUCAGCGUCGGCGUAUGGAACGACACUCGCUUCACCCUCCCUGCCGCUGCCAACGGCAGCCAGCAGGUCUGGAAGGAGAGCGUGAUAGUGUGGCCUGUCGGGUACUUCCAGCAAGACCCAAACAUCUGCCCUCCUCCCAAGUCGCCGAGCUACCUGCUAGUUUACGCGCUCGUGCCCUCGCUGGGGACGCUGGGGCUGAUCGCUGCGGGGAUCAUGAUCUACCGGUACAGGAAGGCCUCGCAAGAGCUGUCGGACUUCUCCAAGGUGAAGGCGAUGAUGCAGGAGCUGAGAAAGAGGCUGGCAAUCACGAGGGAGGACGGUUUCAUGCUUAGCAACGAGAAACACUCGAGGCUGAGCAGGAAGCAGAUGCGGGUGGUGGACCACAG